AGGUAUCGGCCUUGGCUGUUGGAUAAAAAUCGCUUUUGGCUGGAAUCCCCGCGGGAUUUGGCUGCAUAACCAAGCAUGGUUUCGAAUUUCGGUCAAAGAGGAUGAAAAUCGUCACCUGAUCUUGGCUAAGAAGGUGGAUGAGGUCAACAAGGCGGUAUAGCUACUAGAAGAGGCAAAUCCGAAUCCGCGGAAAACGACCGGUUACAAGAAAUUCGGUGUUUUCAAUGUGAUUUCAUUCCAACUGCCAAAUAUUGAAUUUUAGUCGGACAUAUCGAGAGUCUCGAGAGGUCGAGCGACUCGAGCCCUUUCGUCUUCCUCCCAAAGAGUUGAAAUUCAGAGACAGGAGAAAGAUAUUGUAUAUCGAUGGAGGUGCAUUGUCGAUGUGGAAAACAAAGCAGAGAUUCUCUACGAUAACACUGUAAAAAAUAAAAAAGGGAUUUAGCGCAGCUUGGUAGCACCUGUGUAUUGGGUAAAAAAAAUUCUCAGAUCUUUCCAAUGGAUUCAAGAAAUGGACCAGAAGCUCCACAAGAGAUACUGGAUGCAGAUGUCAAAUCGUUUUUUGAAUCAGCACCGCCUCUUAGAGAUAGUCUCGGCCUUAGUAAGAGAUUGGAGGAAUUCAUUGAAAGAAACUCCUCAUCAUCAGGAAAUAAAAGACCUAAUAAGGUUGUAUGUGUAACAUCUGGUGGUACUACAGUUCCUCUGGAACGGCGAUGUGUUCGAUUUAUUGAUAACUUCAGCUCAGGUCAUCGAGGAGCAGCAUCCACAGAGUAUUUUCUGAAGGCUGGAUAUGCUGUUAUCUUUCUUCAUCGACGGGGAACCUGCCAGCCAUAUUGCAGAUCGCUUCCUGACAAUUCUUUCCUGGAAUGUUUUGAGGUUACGGAGGAGUCUGCUGUUCAAGUCUGUCAGUCGCAUUCUGCAGUAGUGACAAGGGCACUCAGGGAUCACCAUGCUGCUGUAAAUAAACAGCUCUUACUGAAACUUCCUUUUACAACUAUCUUUGAGUAUCUUCAGAUGUUAAGGAUGGUUGCAAUAUCAAUGAGGCAUCUCGGGUCACAUUGCAUGUUUUAUCUUGCUGCUGCAGUAUCCGACUUCUAUGUCCCUUGGGAGUGUAUGACGGAGCACAAGAUUCAAUCAGCCUCUGGUCCACUAGAUAUGCAACUAGCCCAAGUGCCAAAGAUGCUCUCGCUGCUGAGAAAAGAAUGGUCUCCCAUGGCGUUCUGCAUUUCUUUCAAGCUGGAAACAGAUCCAAAGAUUUUAUUAGAGAAGGCUGAUAAGGCCCUAAGGAAGUACAAGGUGCAUAUGGUGGUGGCCAACGAGCUUUCAACUCGUAAAGAAGUCGUCACGGUCGUCACAGAAAGUGAAAAAAUUACAGUUCACAGAGACAAGAACCAGCCUGAUGAUGACGUGGAGAAUCCUCUCAUUAAACUCUUGGUAGAGAAACACUCAGCUUAUACUGAGGAAUCUAUUCCAAGGGAAACGACCUAGUUCACAACAUAGAUGACAGACAAUCCUCAAAUUGCUUCCCUAAUAAUGUGUGGUAGGUCAUAUCAACCUCAAUCAGCCCUUUCUACUUUCGUGGAAUUGGCAUAGUACAAAAAUGAUCAAGAAUAAAGCAAGGACAGUGGAUCAUGAUUCAUGAAGGAAGAGAAGAAACUAUUUUCCCCCCUAUAUUAUUUCCAUUAUAAAUGGGCCAAAAUUUUGUUGCCUAAUAAAACAAGCAAUGGCAUAGUCAAUGGUUACAAUUCAGUAAAUAUAAAGAAUUUACUUGCUCCAGUCUAUGUAUUAUCUCCUGAACUUGAUGUGACUGUCAGAUUAUGAGUUCUGUAUUUUCUAAUCUAUACACUUUUUGCCUA